AUGGCCUCCUCAACCUCAACCCUCCCUUCAAACGGCCGCCUCGUUAAUAUCGGCACUCACUCAUUGGCUCUCUAUACUCAUGGUGCAGAGCCCAGCAGCUCUAAAGAUCCUGUUAUACUAUUUAUCUCGGGUGUGGCCAGCGAUGCCCUGAACUGGCAAGCCGUGGUGCGGCUGCUGGGUCCCUCACUACGAAGCUAUACUUAUGACCGUUCCGGCUAUAAUAACUCAGAGUCUUCACCGUUGACUCCCUCGGCCGAGAACGUUGCUCUGGAGCUCUCCCUCUUGAUUGAAAAGGCGCCUAUCCCAAAUCCUCUAAUUCUUGUCGGGCACUCCUGGGCCGGUGUACUUAUACACGAGUACAUUGCCCUAAAGGGAACUGACCAAAUCGCCGGUCUGGUCCUUGUGGACGCCAACCAUGAGACAGCACCAUUGGUGAUGGACGUGAAUGAUCCAAUUCUCUGGGCUGUUGCCGCGGGUGUUGACCCAUACUCUGCCUGGGGUGUGGAGGCGGAGCAUAAGUUAACACAGGAGGAAUGGGACGCGUUCAGGGCAGUGGAAACAACCGAAAAGUUUAAGCUGAUCGAGUACAAGGAGGAGAUCGAGAACUAUAUCCCAAGUUUCGAGACACUGAGGAAGAAGGAACUGAAGCAGCCAAUUGUCGGAGACAAGCCGGUUUAUGUCAUUGGUGGUAUGCGAAGCAGGGAUUGGAAUGGAUUGUAUAAGGCAGGUGUUGCCAAAGGGAACGGGACUGAGGAACAGAGGAGCUAUGUGAGAGAGUUAAUCGAGACGGUUGAUGCAAAGAAUGAGCGUCUUAUGAAGGAAUUCUUGAAAAUCUCGACAAAGACUGAACUUGUCUUCGCCACCGAGAGUGGACACUUUGUCCAGAUGACUCAACCGGAAAUUGUUGUUGAUGGAGUGAAAUGGGUCCUACAAAACCUACCGGCAUCUUCCUAA